UUACAGAGUCAGCGGCACGGUAGGAGACAAAUUGGCGCAGACAGAGCCUGUUUGUACAAAGAUUCUAAUGGCCUAAUUGUUGUUGGACUGGCCUGCCCCCAACAGCCACAACAUUCAGCAGUCACCUGCAGUGCCUAUUUCUUCAUCUCCCCAUGGGUCUCCCUCUCAGGUGAGAUUUUCCUUUGCUUCAGCUGGAGUCAGGUGUAUUUUCUUGGAAGCUUGGUCACUUUGUCUGUUCUUCACAGCCACAUAUACCAGAGCACAGAUCAUCGCCAGGAGUCCACAGCCCAUCAUGGAAGUGUAAAUACGGUAGAAGACUGAGUCAGUGGCAAAAGUGUCCUUGUACUCCAGGUUGAUUCUUCUCUCCGAACAAAAUUGCAGUGGUCGCAUGUCUUUUCUGCCUUGGUGAGUGAAUCUACCCCAGACUUUGCACCGGUACACCCCACUGUCCUCAGGUGAGAGAUCAAACAUGGCCAGGUAGGUCUGAGGGCUGGUUGAGUUCACCUUGCCCUGGAGCCCGAAUGGAGGUAUAUAUGCCAGUGUGUUCAGGUCAGAAUCAUGUUCCAGAAUCAGCUCCUCCUCAUCCAGUCCUCUUUGACGGUACCAUUGCACAUGGAUGCUACUGGUGUGGUUAAAAUCUGUCAGGUCACACACAAAAAUAACUCUGCUGCCUCGAUAAAAUGUCUUGUUUAUGGGGUCUAGGUCUGCACAUACAAAUAUGGUUAUUUCCUCAAAAGGAUAGAAAUUUGGAAACAUCUCUUUUGCGUCUACACACAUGUAUUCUCCAGAGAGAUUUGCUCUAACAAACGGAAUAACCAAAGAAUAAUUUCCAGUGUGACUCCCAUUCACUAUAUACAUCUCAUCUGAGGCUUUGUAAACUUGUGGGGGAUAAUUCUUGAAAGAUGACAAAACAUAUUGACCAUGUGCUGACCAGUCGAUAGACUGGUCCUCUGAAGCUCGAACCAAACAAGGAAGUGUGGCGCUCUGUCCAUGUUUUAAAAAGAGGGUUUUUAAUCCCAAAGAUACACUGACAGUUUGUCUGAUUCUACAAACAUUUCCACUCCAGAUAUGGUAGAAAAAUCUACUGACAUAGGCUCCUUGCUCAGCUGAGAUGCGGACAGUACUGUUUGCUAGAACCUGCACUCUGAAUCUCAGGCCAUCAUCCAGAGUCUCUAAAUGAUUACUUGUAUUAAGAAACAAAAACCCAAAGUAGUGGUCACCCCAGUAGGAGAAAGCCCUCCUGACACUGUAAAUGUGGAGUACAUCUCCUCGUGUCACAUUGAAGUCUUUCAACUCAAAGUCUACAGUUUGUCCAUAUGGCAAUUUCAUUUCUUCAGUGGACACCUCCUCUGCACAGACAACCACAUUGUACUUUUCCUUACCAGUGAUAUUGCCCUGAUUCCAGCAGUCUACAUAAUAAUCACCACUGUCAGCCUGUGUGACAUUAGUGAAGGCAUGCCUUGCUGUAGCCAGAAGACCAGAUGUGUUGAAGAUAAGCUGGUCUCCCUCCAGUGAUGAUCGAUAGAACAAAGCAUAGGAACCUUCUCCACUGCACAUCGAAUGUAUGCCAGACUUUUGUCCCUGCACCAGAAACAGGUGUAUAGGCUCUUCCAGUAAAGCAGAAUCAAGGAGCAGCAGGAGCAAAAGGCAGACUUCAGUAACUGCUGCCAUUUAGACGAGUUAUUUUCUCCUCUCUUUCUGCCUGACAAUCUUAUGUGUAUGGGGGUGAACACUCUAAAUUCUAGAUGUACAAAUGUCACUUUCUCAGAGAUCACACAAAAAUCCCUUAAAAAAUGUCAGUGUCAGUCUCUCUUGCUGUCUCCCUCCCUCCUUUUUAUUUCUCACAUCACAUCUGUGUAGAGGGUUUCCUUAGGAAGUGAUGUCAGCAGGGGAUUAGAUUGAUCAACUGGUCUAGUUCCUGCACCAAGAUGCUGCAUUCUGUCCAAAUAUCAACAACUAUGAACAAAUGUGAAGGAGCUGCAAACCCCUUAAAUAAAAAAAAAAGCAGUUAACGCAUUGGUGUGAGCGUCUACGUCCUUUGUGGUGGAGCUGGAGAGAUCCGCUACAAAUUGGUGCCGUGGCCUUUGGACACAUCGAUCAGCGACUGCAGAUCACCGGAGUCAUCAUCACCAGUGCCUGUGAAACGAACUCGGUUGGGGUGCAGCUGUCUACAUCGGAUCACCAACGUUACCAGCACCUGUGGAGUGAACUCUGGGGGGCGUGGUAGGCAGUGCAGUGUGAAGCUGCCGCAAUUUGCAUACGCAACUCAGACAUAUAGAAAGUGUUAGAAUUAGUACACAACGCAGACCUAGGAAAAUUAUCACAGCUUUCAUACAGUAGAGUUAUAUAAAUACAUUUAGUUUAGAUAUACAACACUAUAUAGCACUAUAUAGGCCUAAGCUACACCAUGUCACAUUCUGAUGCUAAAGCUGUAAAUGCAAUCCCUGAUAAUGUGGUUAAUAUUGAGGGUGAUUUGUCAUGUUCACCUGGGUUUACCACUGGAGUAGGGCAGGAUUCUCAGUUGAAUAGCAUGAUAGGGCAUGGUGCUUCCAUUGUAGGUCCAGCAGGAUAUAAUACAAAUGGACUAGGUCCAAGCAGUAACAUCCCAAUUAGUGAAAGUGAACGCAGGGUAGGCCCAGCAGGAGAUAAUACAGACGGACUAGGUCCAAGCAGUAACAUCCCAGUAACAUCCCAGUAAGUGGAAGUGAACCCAGCGCUUUAGGAUAUGAACAGGUCAACCAGUGGCAAGUAAUGACAGAGUUAGUGAGACAAAUGGGUUGUCAGAUAGGUGACCAGAUUGCAGCCAGCCUGUCUUCGUCAAGACAAGAUACGCCAAGAACAGAUAACACACAGUGCUCAGCUCCUGACUGGUCAAAAAUGAAUGUAGUCUUCAGAUCCGACAUCAAAGAACCUCCAACCUUCAGAGGAGAUAGCUCAGACCGAUACACUGCUAGAGAAUGGCAAGAGUCAAUGCAAGUUUACCUAAAUAAGAAGGGCUACAGUACAGCAGAGCAGGGCCAAGAAAUCCUUGACAAACUAAUGGAUCGUGCCAGAGAUGUAGUAAGAACUUGCAUCCGUAACAACCCCUUGAUUAACAUUCAAAGAGACCCACAAGUCAUCUUCUCUAUUCUCAGACAACAUUUUGGGGAAGCAAUAUCAUCCACUACACCAAUGAGAGAUUUUUAUGAAACACUACCUAAACAAUCAGAGAGAAGCUUGGAUUAUUGGAUCAGACUCAACAAGGCCAUUGAUCUGGCAGAUGAAUCUUUGCAAAGACAAGGGAGGAGAGUAGAGGACGCUAGUCAUGAAGUGACAAUGAUGUUCAUAAGGCAUUGUCCGGAGCCUGGUCUGUACACAGCCUUCAGGAGUAAGCCAUUAGAGGGGUGGAGUGCUACAGAAGUCCAGGCAUUGAUAGAGAGCCACCACAAAGACAGACAGUCAGCCAGAAUGGACAGAUUACAGAGCAAUGCCAAAUCUGAUGAAUGGACCCCUGAUAUGUGUUGCAUGACCCAACAGCAGGCCAAAAACAGCAACCAGUUGAAUGGAUUUGACCCAGGGUUGCUUGGGAAGGCAGUAUCCCUCCUAGAGCAGAUGCUCAGUGCGCAGCAUUUAUCUCCUGUUAGAACUAGAACCUUUUCUCCCACUCCCACACCUGUUGCCGGGUCCACAGGCCCAUGUAGAAUAUGCCACGCCCCUGAUCAUUCCACAAAGGCACACUGUUUUAAAGAGGGAUUGUGUUUUAAGUGCCACAAGGCAGGACACAGAGGUUUUGAGAAAGCCAGCAAGACAGAGUACAAGGCCCACCGUAACAGGUUUAGAACCCGCUUUAAACUAGACAGCCCACACAGAGAAGGGGGCAGUGUGGGCAUCAGAAAUGCAGAAAACCCCCCUAAUGACUCAGUCAGAGUGUUGGUUACCUCUACUGAUUACUCUCAACAAGGAACAGAUAGCCUGAGUGAAGAAAGCAAUAGCAAACCAAGUGUACAGGAUAAGACCCUUAAAUCCAACUUCAGUGCCACAUUAUGAGAGAAUCAAUGAUGAAGAUGACCUCUUUUAUACACCAGUGAUGAUUGAAGGGAACGUUGAACUUUUAGCCCUUGUGGACAGUGGUUCUGUAACAUGCACUCUUAGUGAAGCCGCCGAACAAAUACUAAGGGACAAUAACCUAAUUAAUGACCUGUCAUGUAAACCAACAAAGAAAAUGCUCACUGGCUGUGGUGGAAAUCAGGCAAGGGCUAAGUGUGAAUAUGAAUUAAAUGUUGACAUGCUCGAUUGCAGAAUGACAGUAAACUUUCUUGUGGUGCCUGGGCAGGAAGACGACAUGAUUGUAGGCUCCAAUGUCAUAAGAUAUGUAACUCAGCAGGUGAAGAAAACCAAUUGGUAUUGGGACAAGUUGUCUAAACCUGUGGAGAAUAGAGGCAAUGACCCCCUACUAAAUAUGCUGUCAAAUGUUGAGCGCUGGCAUGGCAAA